GGCAGAGGUAAGCCGAGCAUCAGUAUCAUAUAAAAAGCCGGCAGAAGUUCCAGUUCGAUAUCAGUUAGCCUUCUCAAGUCUUUCAACAAUCAACAUGAAGUUCUUCAUUGCUUUCGCCUGCCUGUUGGCCGUCGCCCUCGCCAACGAAGACGCCGGUGUUCUCCGUUCCGAACAGGAAGUUAAUGUGGACAACUUUAAGUUCGCUCUUAAGCUGGACAACUCUGUCGAUGUGGAGCAGCAGGGUGCCCUUAACGGUGAAGAGUGGGUGGUGAAGGGUGCCCAGGCGUGGGUUUCUCCCGAUGGAGUACCCGUGUCCAUUCAAUACCUUGCCGAUGCCAACGGUUACCAGGUGCUGUCUGCCAACCCUCCUCUGCCCACCCCACCCCCAAUCCCAGAUUACAUCCAGCGUUCCCUGGAAUACAUUGCCGCCCACCCUUCCCAGCAGUAAAUUGUUUUAAAUAAAUGCGUUGAGACUUACA